AUGAGCCUGAUGGACAUCACGAAAAUGUUCUCCAUGCUCCAGCCCAGAGAAGAUGAAGAAGACAACGGAGAAAGCGAGGAGCUGAACCGAGCGGUAUCCGAGGAUGAUUACCAAACCCUCGACACCCUCUUGUCCCAAGAGAGGUACAAGAAGUUCAUCAACCGCAGGAGCGGCUGGGGGGUACCCAGCACCCCGCUGCCCCUGCCCGCAGCACGGGGCAAUGUCGGGAGCAUGAAGGUCCUCCUGGCCCACGGGGCCUAGGUGGACAGCCUGGAUGUGAAAGCUCAAACCCCGCUCUUCACCGCCGUCACCAACGGCCACCGAGAAUGUGUGGAGAUCCUCCUGGAUGCGGGGGCCAGCCCCGUCGGCAGCGUCUACAACAACUGCUCACCGCUGCUCGUCGCCGCGAGGGAUGGGAACGUGGACAUCCUGCGGCAGCUCCUGGACCACGGUGCGGAAACCAACGUUCAAGCCAGGCUGCCUGAGUGGGCUGCCAACUCGGUGGCUUGUUCUGGUCCCCUCUACCUCGCCGCUGCGUACGGGCAUCUGGAGUGCUUUAAGAUGCUGUUGCUUUACGGCGCUGACCCCGACUACAACUGCACCGAGGAGAGGGUGAUUGCCCAGAUCAGGGAGCCCAAGACUCUGCUGGAAACCUGCCUGAGGCACGGCUGCAGGAGGGAGCUCAUCAAGCUGCUCGUGGACUUCGGAGCCAACGUGUACUUGCCCAACGUCACGGCGGACAGGACGGCAGCCUGCAGCAAGGGCCUGAAGCUGCUGCUGCAGGCGAGAGCAAGUUGCUUCAGCUUCCCCUUCCCUUCGCCUCUGCUUCCCCUGCUCGUGGACUUCGGAGCCAACGUGUACUUGCCCAACGUCACGGCGGACAGGACGGCAGCAAGCAGCAAGGGCCUGAAGCUGCUGCUGCAGGCCAAAAACCCCAAGUCUCCCACGCUGAACACAGCACAAAGACGUCAGAAGCUGAUAGACGAAGUGUUCUUCCUCCAACUCCAGGAGGCUUCGCGCUCGCAGGCUCUCAGCCAGCUGGACGUCCCGAUGGCGCUGGCCAACUACCUCCGACACGAGCCGUGA